AAGCAACUGAUCCAACCAAUCAAGUCUGCCGGAGAAACAUGCAGCUUUUUUCCAUUCCUGUUGUUGGCGUCCUCCUGCUCGGGUACCUGCGGCUUUCCAGCACGGUUCCCAUCAGCCCCUAUUUGAGCGACAGUGACAUGGACACCUUAACGGUGCUCCUUCAAAGACUGGAGAAGUCCAUUUCUGAUCAGGAUGGAGCUGACCAGAUAGUCCCUGAACAAGAGGAAAGUUUUGACCGUUUGGAUGUGGAAGAAGUAAAAGAUAAAGAGCCAUCCCAGACCGGACUCAGUGAGGCAACAAUCAGAGAGCUUCUGUCAGCUAAGAACCUGAAAAGCGUCCGCAGCGACUCCUCCAGGAGGUCGUCCAGCUGCUUUGGUCAGCGGAUGGUCAGAAUAGGCUCCAUGAGCCCCUUGGGCUGUAAUACUGUACGCACUUAUGGUUCAAAGAGCAGAUGA